GAAACACUCUCUAGCUGUAUUGCGCAACCUAAGCUGAACAGAAUCUUGCGAAACGCGUCGAGCAUCCCUAUCUUCACCAUGUCACCACAGAUUAACACUCCAUUUCAAGCCCACGACGCACGAUUUCACAAGAUACUGGGCUUAUCUCCAUCAUUAGAGCUAUUAGCAGAGAAUCACGACUACGCCUUCGCCCACGAAGCCGGAAUCUAUAUUCCCAGCACCAACCACCUCUUCAUCACCAGCAACAGAUGCACCAGUCCAGACGGACAGCAAAAAGUGCACAUAACUCGAGUUGAUCUCAACGAGUCCCCUGCAACUUAUGAAGAAAUCUCCACCGACAUACCUAUGGGUAAUGGAGGAAUCAACUACGGCUCCGACCAUGCCAUCUUCUGCGCACAGGGUUCCAUGAUUCAGCCGAGUGGAAUAUAUCAGAUAUCACUCACAGCUCCAUACGAGUCAGAGCUGCUAGUUGGGAGUUUUUAUCGCCGGCCAUUUAACUCCGUGAACGACGUAGUCGUGCAUACGGAUGGAUCGAUCUGGUUCACCGAUCCCAUCUACGGCUCCGAGCAGGGUUACCGACCAGCGCCGUGUUUACCAAACCAAGUGUACAGAUGGUGCCCCGCUGAUAAUUCCAUUCGUGCGAUGGUGGAUGGUUUUGGAAGGCCGAAUGGCAUCUGCUUUUCGCCGGAUGAGAAGGUCGUCUAUGUUACUGAUACUGAUCGUGUUCAUGGGGAUGGCACUAUCGAUGACACACGGGUGUCCUCGAUAUACGCCUUUGAUAUCUCCAUGUACCAUGGAGAGCCAUUCCUGAUAAACCGUCGGCUGUUCGCGAUGGCAGAUGCUGGCAUCCCGGACGGGAUCAAGUGUGACAUUGACGGAAAUGUAUAUAGUGGGUGUGGCGAUGGAAUCAAUAUCUGGUCCCCUGGGGGUGUUCUCCUCGGUCGAAUUAUAAUUGAAGGAGGUGUUGCAAACUUCUGCUUCGGGAAGAAUGGGCAGAUAUUUGCUCUCAAUGAGCAUCGCUUAUGGAGGGUUAGUUUAGAUAACGGGGUGAAGGGAGCACUACUUGGGAUAUGA